AUGACAGUCAUUUUUGUUUUAGCUGAGAUGAUGGAGAAGAAAUCAAGAGCAAAAUGGGGCAAUAAGAUUGGAUAUGCCUUGGUCCCAUUAUUCAUUGGAUUACAAGAAAACCCUCUCGAUUAUAUCAGAAAAGCAAAAGCCACCAUUGAUCGAAAGAAGCUCUCCAUGGAGUCCAGAUUCUCUUUCACUUCUGCUCGUAUCCUACUCAAGCUUUUUGGAGUUCAGGCUGCUGCUGCUCUGAUAACCAGAGUUAUAUGUAACACAACUGUAUCAAUAUCCAAUGUUGUUGGACCUCAAGAAGAGAUCUCAUUUUUUGGACAUACUAUGGUUUUUUCUGCUCCCAUAGUUUAUGGGGUACCUCAUUCAUUGACAAUACUCUUCCAAAGCUAUUGCAACAAGAUGACGAUAUCAAUGGCGGUUGAUCCAGAAGUGAUUCCAGAUCCAUACCAACUGUGCGAUGACUUGGAAGAGUCCCUUGUGAUGUCUAGAGAGGCUGUACUCACGACAUCCACCCUUCAUGCCUUACCUUAA